UAACCACCCUCACCAUCUCAAAAACAGCAAAAUAAAUAAAUAGAUCAAAAUUCCCAAAUCCCAAGGCAACCGUUUACCGAUUUCUCCGUUUAUUGCUCUUUGAAUCUAUCGGAAAAAAAGCUCCGUUUUGCUUUCCGGUGGAUGGAAGCGAUCAGAAAACAAGCUACGCGACUCCGUGAACAAGUCGCCCGCCAACAACAGGCUGUCUUCAAACAGUUCGGGGGAUAUGUAGGCUCAGACAAUGUAGUUACUGAUGAGGCAGAAUUCCAGCAACAUCAGAAGCUUGAGAAGCUUUAUGUCUCGACUCGUGCUGGCAAGCAUUUUCAAAGGGAUAUCGUCCGUGGUGUCGAAGGAUAUAUCGUCACUGGGUCCAAACAAGUUGAAAUAGGGACAAAGUUGUCUGAUGAUAGCAGGAAAUAUGGUUCUGAAAAUACUUGUACCAGUGGUAAUACAUUAUCGAAAGCUGCAUUAGGUUAUGGACGUGCUCGAGCUCAAAUGGAGAAAGAACGUGGGAAUCUGCUAAAGGCUCUUGGGACACAGGUUGCCGAGCCACUAAGAGCAAUGGUAAUGGGAGCCCCUUUGGAGGAUGCACGACAUCUUGCUCAGCGUUAUGACAGAAUGCGACAAGAAGCUGAAGCACAGGCAAUCGAAGUUUCAAAACGCCAAGCAAGAGUUAGGGAAACACCAGGAAAUCCUGAGAAUGUCAUGAAACUGGAAUCUGUGGAAACAAAACUGCAAGAUCUGAUGUCAAACAUGGCAAUAUUGGGGAAAGAAGCUGCCGCAGCAAUGUCUGCUGUUGAAGCUCAACAGCAGAGGUUGACACUUCAUAGACUUAUUGCUAUGGUUGAAGCUGAACGUACAUAUCAUCAACGAGUCCUUCAGAUACUCGAUCAUCUUGAUGCCGAAAUGAGAUCCGAACGACAACGAAUUGAAGCACCUCCUCCCCCAAGUGUAGACACCAUGCCUCCACCUCCACCUCCACCUCCAUCAUAUGAGGAAGUUAAUGGAGUUUAUGCAUCUCAAACAACUAAUGGGUCAACAGACAGCAUGGGCUACUUUUUAGGCGAGGUCAUGCACACAUAUAACGGUGAAACCGAUGUGGAGCUAUCUUUGUCAGUUGGUGACUAUGUAGUUGUGCGAAAGGUGACGAACAAUGGCUGGGCUGAGGGUGAAUGCAAGGGGAAAGCGGGUUGGUUCCCUUUCGGAUACAUCGAAAGAAGGGACCGUGUCCUUGCAAGCAAAGUAGCAGAAGUUUUCUAACACUUUCCCUGCGUGUUGGUGUCCGGGAAGACUGAUUUUGUAUGUGCAUCUUCUCUCUCUUUUUUGGUGGUUUAUUUGUGCUUAUAUGUGUAUUUGAGUUGGAGAGUUCGUCACAAAUAGAAAUUUUCUUCUCAAUAUGUGAAUACGUUUUUGCGUUUCA